CGCCCGGAGGCGCCUAGGCCUCGGGGCGCGGGGCCCAGACCCGGGGACGCGAGCCCAGGCCUGGGGCUGAUUGUGAUUGGAAGAGGACUGUCAGAAGGAUCUGGGAAGCAAAGUUUGGCUGUGAAAAGCAAAGAUCCUUUACCUACACAUUUUACAAGCAAUGUGCAGAAAGCCAUUGAUAAAUAUUCCUGUGAACCCGGGUCAUCAUUUACAUCCAGUGGCAGCACCACGCCUGCAGGCACCCACAACUCUUGGUCUCGGUCUGGGAUGCAGAGUUCUACCACUGGCUUAUCAACUGAGAGGAGCUCCAUUUACUCUUGGAGAGAUGACGAGUUUGACAAGGCGAACGCAGAGAAAGUCCAGCAGUUAUUCUGGGAGGUGGAGGAAAUGUUAUUUGAAGGGAAAGUAAGCCCUCAUACUCAGAAUCUAGUGGCUGAGUGCAGUGAGUGGGCAAGAAGAUCCCUCCAUCUGAGAGUAUUAGGAAGACAGCUCAUCGUGCCAACUGAUGAAGGGUUCCAACAUUUCCAGGGCAGUGAGCCUAGUACUAUAGUCCACAAACCCUUCUUAGAUGCCUGUGGACACAACCGCAACAGCAGAGAGUUGUGCGUCUCUGGUUCUCAAAUACUCCCCGAGGUGUGCUCAGCCCCUCCCCUGCCAGGGCCCGAGGGCCCAGGGGUUGCUGGCCUAACAGCAGGCUCAGCCCAGGAAGAAGAGGUUUAUGACGUGGAUGGAAAGAUUGAAGAAUAUUUUGCUUUUGACAGAAAAGAAGAUGAUGAUGAAUGUCUUGAACAAAAAUCAGCUCACCGCCGUAGGAUGUGGCGGAAACACGGACUUCCUCCCCUUUCUCCUCAUGACUGUAUCAAAGAUGCGGUGGCUGCAGAAGUGUUUGAUCACGUCUGGACAAGUGUGGUAGAGAUAUUGGAAGAGCUGAUCAGAAAAAAUUGGGAAGUUACACUCACAGAAGGAAAGAAACAGAAAGAAAAAUUGAAAGUAGCUGGGAAUAAAUCUCCACUGAUACUCAUUUCCCGUAUUAACACGGAUGCACCAAGUGCUCCCCCAUCCAGAAGCUCUGAAGCCCGAAGCAUAUCCCUGGCUCCUCAUCUUAAUCCACCUCAGAUUCAUCGCUUCUCCAACAAUUUUUAUAGUGAUUUGAGUGGUGUGAUGACAAUUCAAGCAAAGCCACUGCAGCAGAGACCUACCUAUUUCUCAGAUAGAACACAGAAUGAGCAAGAGGACAGAUCAUUGGGUGCAGGGCCCAGUGCCCUUUCUUUGGCACGGCACCGCCUGGGACGAACCUCCUCCGAUGCUCGCAUACUCCACACUUCUGAAAAGAAAACACCUGCAUACACGAGGCUGCCUUCUCUUACUUCAGACUCACAGAGGAUGAAAACCCCCAAUGUGUACAAUGAUGAAGUUCUUAGGGGAACAAAACUGCAAACUGGCAUGGAGUGUGUGUCCUCCCCACUGGUUCAAGCCUCCCGGAGCAGGUUACCCCCAAUAGGCUCAGAGACCGGUGAGCAGAAUAUGGCAGUUCCUGGAUCUCGACCUGUUUCUUACAGAGGGAGGCACCCACAAAACCGUGUGCUAAGUGCAAUUCCUGACAGUUCAAAGCGAUUGCCUCUUCGAGAGAGAUCUCUGACUAUAGAACACUUUUCAAGACCCAGCACGACCCAUGCAUUUCGGUUAGAUACUCCCCGGAAAGUUUCAUUGACCCUGAUGGAAUUUGCUGGCCACACAUGGACAAGUCAGAGUUUCGUCACAGGUUCACAAUAUCCGCCUAAAUCUUUUCAGAGGACGACUCUGACUGCAAGAAAGAGAUUCCAAGUGGCAUCUUGAUGGAACUUGGACUUCAAAGCCUCAGCACACCAUUUAUCACUUGAAAAAUGGAAGAACAAGUAUUAUAUUAUGUAUCUGUUUGUCUGACAGUGAGAUGUGAGCCUGUCUGAGAGAAAUGCAAACAAAUAAACAACUUAAUUUUGAACACUUGCAUUGCAAAGAGAAUACAAGUCAAAUUCACCAACCUUCUUUAUUGGAAGCAUUCCAGUAGAGGUUCUUUAGGCUUUGCUCGGAAGAAUCUGAUCUGUGU